AGACAUGAUGGCACUUCAGUCGGGUUGGACACCGAGCAAGUGGGUCACAUUUGUUGGGUGGCAGGUGUAGUUUGUUAGCAGCGAGGCUAUCUUUAGACACUGCUGAUUUAUCCUGUGCAAUGGCUUUCGGGUUCUGCCUGAGUGUUUUCUUACUCCUGUCCGUCUGGUCCACUGCAAAGUGUUCUGGCAUUCCAAACGGAGCGCUCCGCAUGGAGUGUCGUGAUCGGUACUUCAUGAUCGCUGUGAAUCUCUCCUUCACUGGGGCGGACCCUCUCUUUGAGGCUGUUGGUGGGACAAGUGUGCGUGCCAUCACAAAGCCGUAUGCAGCGCAGUGUGGCUACACUGUCCGUGUUCUCCCUCUAGUUGGCCACGUGGAGCUCCGGUCCUCUUACUUCAGCUGUCACACUGACAACCAGGAUGAUAAAGUCUUCACUUUUAAGUUCAACUUGGUUGCUACCCGUAAGGGAAAGGAGGAACGCUUUGCGCUGAACCAGACCUGUUCCCCCUCUCUCCCCUGGUCUCCCAGAGAAGUUACUUGUGAAGAGAACUACAUGGAGGUUUCUGUGAGGAGCGAAAUCAAAUGUCUUCCUCAGACUGUGGAUGACUGGAGUGAUCUUGACACUGUACGCGGCUCCUCCACCUCAGAUUGGCAGGUGAUGUUUCAUAGACACGAGGAGCAUUUGCUGCCCAUGAACCUCACUGCAGCUCGCAAGCAGGGCUACGCGUUUGACCUCACGAAAGGAAGGCUGGUGUUUCGUACUCCGUAUGGGCAACCGGACUCGUUCAGCACUGAGGUGAAUGGUGUUCCGGUAGAGGAGGUCCACGCAACUCUGUUCUCAAGACAAAGCUGGAUUGUCUUCAUGGUCGACCUGGUGGCCGCUUGCUCAAUUGAUGAAGGAUUUUAUGAUGAGGUCGGCGGCUACAUUAUGUGGGAAACUCCAGAGAUGCCGUGCAGGAGUAAUUGUGAAAGACAACUCAACGUCGGUCUCAAUGGUGAACUCGUUAAACAGGCAGUUGCAGUAAAGGGAGGCUUUGUCGUGGAGAAGGAUAACAUCACAGUCCAUAUCAGUAUCCCCAAUAAUGCUGAAGGAGGAUACAGGAAGAGCCUUCUGGCCGGCGGUCUCUACCAGUUUUAUAUAUUUCAUCUGUACUUGGAGCAAAUCCUGGCAGAGGAUCACGUAGGAACCAGAGUGCGAUUUCAGAGGACCCUCUCCACGCCCCUGCUGCCGUGCUACAUUUUCACCACAAACCGAACGUCCGUCGCCGAACGCGCCUUCACAGUCUACCUCGGCAACAUCCCCGAAGAUGUUCAGCUGUUGGCGGUUCGUUUGAACGGACAAGAAUUCGCGGUUCCGUUUUCCAACACCAGUGCCUACUCGCUCACCAAGGUUGUUCACCCCAACAACACUUGUGGAUUCACCCUGAGGGUCCCUUUUGAAGACCCCCUCGUCGUGCAGAAGUUUGUUCAGGUUGCAGUUCUUCAAUAUGGGCUGGACAUAAACUUCACCCUCUCGGUUCUGCCUGAAAACGAACUCUUUUACCGCCUGGCAAUCAUCGAGGCAUUGUUCUCUCCUCCAACCUUCGUCACCACCUGCUCUGAGUCCGGCAUCAGCUUCCACCUGGACCGUCAGCGUUCUGACUACCUCUGGGAGAUCAGCGUUGGUGCCGACCUGCUGACCCCAGAGCUCGCGGCCCAGCGUGGCUACAACCUGAGCGACGAUGGCCAGAGUCUGCUGCUCAAGGUGCCGCUCUUCUCCAGAGGCUACGAGUAUAGGGACAUUGCUUUGCAGGGCUUCUUUGGCUCCUUUGGGAUCAUGGCGCGGGAUCACACGACUCAAAUCGAGAGCACAACCACAAAGACUUGUCUUUUCUCUACGGCGGAAUUCAUCUUGUGUUCCACCGAUGGGACGAUGACCGUUGUGGCUGACGUGUCUUCGGCCCUCCCCACCGGAGGCGUUCCUGCUGAAACGCACCUGUUCGACCAAUACUGUGAGCCCAAAGAGACUGACGUCACCAGGGCUCUGUUCUCCUAUCCAGUAAACAGCUGUGGCUCCUCGAUCAAGCUCGGCAAGGGAAAUGUGACUUAUCAAAAUGAGAUUUUCUACAGCAGCAAGAUGUACCUCAGUAAGAGUAAAGUGUUUUCUGGCGAUGCUACUGGGAGGGUGCUGGCACAGUGCACAUAUCCUGUGGCUAGUCUGCAUCGCCUCUUCUCAGUGUACAAGUUUGAGUCAGAUGUCGCUGGCCUCGGCACGAUCAUCCACACCACAGAGCCCCUCGCAGGUCUGCACGGUUCCACCACGAGGCCCAUUGGCCCGCUUCAAAUCGGCAGCAGUUAUCCUGGCUCGUACAUGUCAGCCCUGCAGCCUCCUGCUCGCUACAAAGUUUCUAAAUUUCACAAUUUUGCAAGUGUUUUAAGAAAAGGAGCACCCCGAUCCAUGAGAACUAAAAUGACUCCUGCCCAAAUUUGAAAGAUGUCUAAUUUUUUUAAAUGGCAAAUUUUGAAUUGAAUAAAGCUUUGUUCUUAA